AUGGGCGAGGACCGGCGCGAUGUUCUCGGGGCACAUCGGAUGCCGGGGCAGAUGCGGUGGGCGCCGGGGACGGGGACGGUGUGUGACCCCGGGCAUCCGCGGGAUGUAUGGAAGACGGCUUGCGGAGAUGACGAUGGGAGGCCUGCCUUGCUACACAUGACGCAUGAGGAAGCUGUCUCUGGAUAUGGAGAACAACGGGCUUCCUUGGUUGACGUUGAGGAGAAGGGAUGGAAGGGACGGAGUGAAGUUACGGUUACGGAUAAAAAUGGCGUGAGGUUGAAGCAUGUCAUUGAGCCUAGGUUACUGGAUUCGCAGCGAGAGAAGCGACUUAAGAAGGUUAGAUUAAUUUGA